AUGUCCACCAAUUCAGGCCCUCGAAAUGUUCUGGCUGCCAUCGGAAAUACACCUUGCAUUGAGCUCAACCAUGUGGUUCCAGAAGGUUGCGCUCGUGUUUUCAUCAAACUUGAGGGCCUGAACCCAACCGGUUCCUACAAAGACCGAAUGGCAUGCUCAAUCAUUGAAGAAGCAGAGCGACGCGGCGAUCUGAAGCCCGGCAUGACCGUCGUCGAAGCCACAGGUGGAAGUACCGGGUCUUCACUAGCCUUGGUUUGCGCAGUCAAAGGAUACUCGUUCACAGUGGUAUCGUCAGAUGCGUUCGCAGAAGAGAAACUAAAGACCAUGGCCGCGUUUGGUGCAAAUGUCGAUAUCAUCCACAGUCCAACAGGGAAGAUAACACCUCAGCUCAUCCCGUCAAUGCGCGAAAGAGCUAGGGAAUUGUCUCAAGCCGACGACCAUUACUACGCUGAUCAAUUCAGUAACCACGAUGUUCUGGUUGGCUAUGAAGGUCUCGGUCGCGAGUUGCUGGAGCAAAUGCCCGAUGGUAUCGAUGUUUUCUGUGGUGCAGUAGGCGGUGCCGGGAUGGUCAUGGGGGUUUCGAAGGUGUUGAAGUCCCACAACCCGAACUGCCAUGUUACUGUCCUCGAACCAGCUUCUGCUCCUGUUAUCACUAAAGGAUAUGGGGGUCAACACUCUGUUGAGGGAAUUGGAAUUGGCUUCAUUCCACCAAUGCUGAACAAAGAGCUUUAUGAUGAGGCUCUCGCAAUUGAAGAAGCCGAGGGUCGUGCAAUGGCCCGAAGACUGGCCCGAGAGGAGGGCAUCCUUGCAGGAACUUCUACUGGUCUGAAUGUAGCUGCUGCGAUCCAUUUAGCCAAGCAACUUGGCCCAGGGAAGACCGUCGUUACCGUUGCGUGCGACACUGGCUUGAAAUACGUCCGCGGAGACCUGUAUAAUCAGUGA